AUGAUGGCUCACGAAUUAUUUAAGUUAGAUUUAAGUUCGGAAUCCGAUUCUGACGAGGAAUUGGAUGAACUGGUUUUAUAUUCUUUAAUUAAACGAAAAAAGUCGCAAAAUAGUGAUUUUAUGAAAAAAAGAAAAAGUCACGGAGAAUUUGUUUUGACAACGGAAUUAUCUGAAAAACAAUUUACUAACUACUUCCGCUUAAAUAGAUGUCAAUUUCAUGAAGUUCUCCAUAUUAUAAAGGAUACUAUUUUUUCUGAAGGGUGUAAUGCUCAAAGACCUAUUGAUCCUGAAGAAAAACUCGCUGUGUUCUUAAGGUAA